UACAUAAUGUUUUCAAGGCCCCGUCGUCGAAUACCCUUAGGGAAGCGGGUUAGACAGACAUAUUGGCCUAACCGGUUUUGCAGCCUGAGUUCACUCCUGUAGACGCCACGCCAAAUUUUCAAAAGGGUCAUUUGGUUCUGCAGCGGUUGUUUAGCCAAGAAAUAUAGAUUCCAGCAAAAAUAUCUGUAAAAAUAUUGCUGACAGCCCGAAUUAAAAGAAUGGUGUUUCUUGCAUGGUACCAGUUACCAGUGCUGGUUGCCAUCGCGUGGCUCGCAUAUCAGCGGCAAGUAUUGGAGAAAAGUGCGCUUCACGACACCUACACGACAGACGACGACAAGCUUAAGCCUUCCGUGACCUGCCCCGACUCGACCCUCCAUGCUCGGACGGCAGACGGUAGCUGUAACGACCUGGACGACCCGACCAUGGGGAUGCGCCUCUACCGCUUCGGCAGGAACGCACCCAUCGAGAAAACCUUCGUCGACAACAUAAACCUCCUGAAACCGAACCCACGACACAUCUCCAACAAGCUGUUCAAGAGGAAAGAGUUCAUCCCCGCUACCUCUAUCAACCUCUUAGCGGCGGCCUGGCUACAGUUUCAAACACACGACUGGUUCGAUCACGGUCUCAAUCAGAGGGACAAUCACAUCUCUGUUCCCUUGUUCGGAGGCGAUGAGUUGCAGAAGCGUGGAAUCCAUUCGCUGAAAGUUUUCCGGACCGUUUCUGAUCCAUAUCAAACGCGGAAGGACCGCCCGAAAACGUUCCGCAACGCCAACACCCAUUGGUGGGACGCCUCGCAACUCUACGGAAGCGAUGCGGAAACCCAACUGGCUCUCCGAGAGAUGAAAGACGGCAAGUUGAAGGUCACGUCAAGCGGAUUGAUACCUCUAGACAAAAAGACGGGAGUCGAAAAGACCGGAUUCUCCAACAACUGGUGGGUGGGGCUCAGCAUGCUUCACAACUUGUUCACGCGAGAACAUAACGUGAUCUGUGACGUCAUGAAGGCAAAGUACCCGGAUAUGACUGACCAAGAACUCUUCGACAAAGCUCGGCUCGUCAAUGCUGCUGUGAUGUCCAAGCUGCACACUGUGGAGUGGACCCCUGCUCUUCUGUACAACGACAUCUUGGAUGUUGGAAUGAACAGCAACUGGUUCGGACUUUUGUCCCAACUGGGAGACUUUGGAAACCUCCUUAAACGAUUUUUGCCAGAAAACUACGUACUGACUGGAAUCCCAGGAUCCGCCAAGGACCUACACGGCGUGCCGUACUCUCUUACAGAGGAGUUCACUGCAGUGUAUCGUAUGCAUUCUAUUCUACCUGACAUCAUCCACUUGCAAGACAUAAAGUCGGCAAAACGUACUGGGAAGACUUAUGCAUUGAAAGACAUUCUCUUUAGUAAAGCUUCCAAAGUUGUGGAGAAACAGGGCAUGGAAAACCUUUUCUACACAUUCGGCGUGGAGAACCCGGGCGCUCUUGUUCUCCACAACUACCCCAACACCAUCCGGGACUUGCAGCUUCCCGAGACGCAAAACGCGGAGUAUGUGGACAUGGCAACGGUGGACGUGCUGAGAGAUCGGGAACGUGGCGUGCCGCGCUACAACGAGCUUCGACGCCACCUCAACAUGGCCCCCGCCGAGACCUUCCGGGACAUUACGGACGACCCGAAGGUUGCCGAGGAGCUGGAGGAAAUGUACGAAGGAGACGUUGAAAUGGUUGAUCUCCUAGUUGGAUGCAUGGCGGAGAGUCCUCGGCCCACCGGGUUCGCCUUCAGUGACACAGCCUUCCGACUCUUUCUCCUGAUGGCGACUCGGCGUCUCCAGGCAGAUCGCUUCUACACGGACUACUACAACAGUGCUACCUACACUCAGGAAGGUUUAGACUGGGUUGAGAACGCGACGAUGUCGUCCGUUCUUCUGCGAUACUUCCCGAGCCUGGAAGGCGCGCUACGCGGGGUCACCAACGCCUUCCGCCCGUGGAAACUGCAGCAAGAGCCCGCUGACUCGGCUGGACGUGAGGGCGAGCUUUGAUCUAAAGACAUUCCUUUUUCACAGAAUUUGAUUUAAGCAACACCAGGAUUCACACGAUCCAUACAUGGCAAAGAUAACUAACUUAAAAUUGUUCUUAAUAAUAAACUAUCUUCCUUUCGUAAAAUAUGUCUUAGUCUUCUACAGAAUGUACUCUUACAGCAGAGGUGACACAGUCACCAGCCAUACACUAUUUUAAUAAAAACUCCUACUUAAUUCGCCUUCACUCUCCUAUCAUAAAUUGACAUGGCUGUAUCGGAUCGUAUCUCACAAUGUUUAAAAGACUAUCUUAUAUCAUUACCAUUUUCAUAUAUGAUUUGUAUUGCGGUAGCACCAGUUUGACCAGUGUGAUGUGUGAUAUUCCGUUUAAGUCACAUUUCUUAAGUGCAUUACUUUGCUGUUGUGUGCCAUUGUACUGCUUUGCACGUAGUCUCCAGUAUUCUAUUGAUUGAAGUGUGACAAUGGUCUGGUUGCUACAAGUGAAAACUAAAGGAUAAGCCAUUUUUAAAUUGUCUAUAUGUUGAACAACUGCAAGGUAAUUUUCAUUGAUAAUCCCCAUUCACAUCAAUAUUUCUCAUCAAUUGUUUAUUUUACAUGUAUUUGAUUGUUAAGGAAUAAUUUUCGGGGAUGUGUUCACUUGGCUCAGACCCCAGAUGUUUUGGGUUCGAACCCCCUGACAUGUCACCGAUCAUGUGCCCUUGGGAAAUGCAUUUUGCACUACAUCCAGGGGUACUUGACUUCGUUUGUUCGGUUAGGGAGGUAAAUAACGUACCUAGUAUCGAUAGUAGAACAAAGCAGCUAUUUAAUAUUUAUGUGCAUGAUAAUGUAUUGCUUUGGUCCGUUCUUUUUCAUAGUUAGUUACGUGGAAUUGCAAAAUUUUGUGACAAAUAAAGCCACGAUAGUACCGAUAGUAGAGCAAAGCAGCUCUAAACAUUUGAGGUGCAUGAUAAUGUAUUGGUUUGGUCCGGUCUGUAAUAGUUGUGUGAAAUUGCAAAAGUCAGUUAAAAAUAAUGCCACAAUUGCUGGUAGCUCCUUGAAUGCAGACUGUCCUAUAUUUGGCAAUGCACAAUCU